GCUGGCGGCGAGGGGCAGGAAUGGCGUCCAGCGCCAAGUCGUUCCUGGCCGACGCGGGCUAUGGAGAGCAGGAGCUGGACGCCAACUCCGCACUGAUGGAGCUGGACAAAGGCCUCAGGUCUGGGAAACUGGGGGAGCAGUGCGAAGCCGUCGUUCGUUUUCCCAGGCUCUUCCAGAAAUAUCCCUUCCCUAUUCUCAUCAAUUCGGCGUUCCUAAAGCUGGCUGAUGUCUUCAGAGUGGGGAACAACUUCCUGAGGUUGUGUGUGCUGAAAGUUACUCAGCAGAGUGAGAAGCACUUGGAGAAGAUCCUAAAUGUGGAUGAAUUUGUCAAAAGAGUUUUCUCAGUAAUUCACAGCAAUGAUCCAGUUGCUCGGGCUAUUACACUCCGGAUGUUGGGCAGCAUGGCAUCUAUUAUUCCAGAAAGGAAGAAUGCACAUCACAGUAUUCGUCAGAGUUUGGAUUCCCAUGAUAAUGUGGAAGUGGAAGCUGCUAUAUUUGCUGCUGCCAACUUUUCUGCACAGUCUAAGGAUUUUGCUGUUGGAAUUUGUAAUAAAAUCAGUGAGAUGAUUCAAGGUUUGGCCACACCCGUGGAUUUGAAGUUGAAGUUGAUCCCCAUUCUGCAGCACAUGCAUCAUGAUGCCAGCUUGGCCUCCAGCUCCCGGCAGCUGCUCCAGCAGCUGGUGACAUCCUACCCCUCUACCAAGAUGGUCAUUGUUACUCUGCACACCUUUACUCUGCUUGCUGCUUCUUCUUUGGUUGACAUUCCUAAGCAGAUCCAACUUUUGUUGCAGUACUUGAAAAAUGACCCCAGGAAGGCUGUGAAGAGGCUUGCCAUCCAGGAUUUGAAGUUGCUGGCCAACAAGACACCACAUACAUGGAGCAGAGAAAAUAUUCAGGCACUCUGUGAAUCUGCUCUUCACACUCCUUAUGACAGCUUGAAAAUGGGCAUGUUAUCUGUUCUUUCCACAUUAUCUGGGACCAUUGCCAUUAAACAAUACUUCAGCAGUGCUCCAGGAACAGCAACUACAACUGCAAGAUCAUUCGAUUUAGUAAAACUAGCACAGGAGUGCUGUUACCAUACUAACCGUGGCAUUGCAGCUCAUGGUGUGAGAAUUCUGACUAAUAUAUCAGCCUCUUGUCAGGACAAAGAUCUUUUGCCUUUGGAGCAAGAUGCAGUUUUUGGCUUAGAAGCUCUUCUUGUUCUUUGUAGUCAAGAUGACAGUCCAGGAGCUCAAGCAACCUUAAAGAUCACGUUAACUUGUAUGGUGAAGCUGGUCAAGUGCCGUCCUCACCUGAGCCAGUCAGUGGUUGAAUCCCUGCUGACGCAGCUGCAGAGUGCCCAGGACAAUGCCAGGAUUCUCAUGUGCCACUGUUUAGCAGCUAUUGCCAUGCAGCUGCCUGUCCUAGCAGAUGGGAUCCUAGGAGACCUAAUGGACCUCUAUAAAUUGAUUGGACAAUCUGCCACAGAUAAGAAACAGGAACUUUUGGUUUCUCUUGCCACAGUGAUAUUUGUUUCCAGUCAGAAAGCUUUGUCCACAGAAAUCAAAACUGUUAUCAAACAGCAGCUUGAGAAUGCCUCCAAUGGAUGGACAGCCUACAGGAUAGCCAGGCAGGCUUCCAGAAUGGGCAACCAUGACAUGGCCAGAGAACUGUAUCAAAGCCUGCUGACUCAAGUAGCUUCAGAACACUUCUACUUCUGGCUGAACAGCUUGAAGGAGUUCUCCCAUGCAGAACAGUGUCUGACAGGUUUGCAGGAAGACAACUACAGCUCAGCACUUUCUUGCAUUGCUGAAGCUUUAAAGUCCUAUCACAAAGGAAUAGCAUCACUGACGGCUGCUAGUACUCCACUUAAUCCUCUGAGCUUUCAGUGUGGAUUUGUGAAACUCAGGAUUGACCUUCUGCAAGCUUUUUCUCAACUUAUUUGUACCUGCAACAGCCUAAAAACAAGCCCACCACCAGCUAUUGCCACAACGAUUGCUAUGACAUCAGGAAAUGAUCUCCAAAGGUGUGGACGCAUCUCUAACCAGAUGAAACACUCAAUGGAGGAAUUCCGAAACUUGGCUACACGGUAUGGAGAUCUGUAUCAGUCGUCUUUUGAUGCAGACUCUGCAACUCUAAGGAAUGUAGAACUACAACAGCAGAGCUGCCUUUUGAUUUCACAUGCAAUAGAAGCUUUGAUUUUGGAUCCAGAAUCUGCAAGUUUCCAGGAGUAUAGCUCAAAUGGAACAGCUCAUGUUGAAAGUGAAUAUGAAAGAAGAAUGAUGUCUGUAUUUAAUCAUGUACUAGAGGAAGUGGAAUCCCUCAACAGGAAGUAUGCUCCUGUGUCUUACCUGCAUACAGCUUGUCUGUGCAAUGCUGUCAUUGCCUUGUUGAAGGUGCCCCUUUCAUUUCAAAGGUACUUUUUCCAAAAGCUGCAGUCUACAAGUAUCAAACUUGCUCUAUCCCCAUCUCCAAGGAACCCAGCAGAACCUAUAGCAGUACAGAACAAUCAGCAAUUGGCCCUAAAGGUGGAAGGAGUGGUUCAGCACGGAUCUAAACCAGGCCUUUUCCGCAAAAUCCAAUCGGUCUGUCUAAAUGUCUCUUCAGUGCUGCAGAGCAAAUCUGGACAAGACUAUAAGAUUCCUAUUGACAACAUGACCAAUGAAAUGGAGCAGAGGGUGGAACCACACAACGACUACUUCAGCACUCAGUUUCUGUUAAACUUCGUGAUACUUGGCACCCACAACAUCACAGUAGAGUCCUCUGUAAUAGAUUCAAAUGGUAUUGUCUGGAAAACCGGGCCUAAAACAACUAUCUUUGUUAAAUCUCUUGAGGAUCCGUACUCCCAGCAGGUCCGUCUCCAGCAACAGCAAGGACAGCCGCCGUCCCAGCAGCAACAGCAAAGAACUGCGUACUCACGAUUUUAAUCCCCAGAAGUGACUGGUCAGCUGGUAUUGCAGUUUUUCUUGGAAUUUUUUUUUUUUUUUUUUUUUUGGAAGACCUACAAUUGUAACCUUCUCCUAGAAAGCCCCAGAUGCCAAUUUGUUGCUUUUUAAAUUAUCUGGGGUAAAUUUGAACUCGAUUCAGCAGAGGCAGCUGUUCAUAUUUGGAGUUGUGCUCUUACUAUAAGAACUUCUACCUGAUCUCUUAACUUCUGUUUACAAACCUGUUCCAGCAGGCUCCACAAACUAUGAUAGCAGGGGACACUUAAGAGCUUCUUUGACUGUGUACUUUCUGUGCUGUCAUUUUUUGAAGUACAUAGGUUCUAAUGUUAGGCUUACAGAACAUCAGUAAACACUUUGGCUAGUUGUACAGAACUGAGUGUAAUACCAAGGUUGUAUCUUUUAAUGUGAAGGAAUAGGCAGGAAUAUCCAGAGACUUUUAUUUCUGACAUUUUAAUAGCAGCUUCCAGUAUUUGGCUGUUGUAUGUGUAUUAUUACAUUCAUCAGCACUACUUAAUGCAUGCAUCUGGAAGAAAAAAAUUUGUAGCUCACUUCUCAUACCCAGUCUUUGAAGAGGGAGGAGACUGCUUGAGGGGUUGCUGUCUGGGGAGGUCUGCAAGAGGCAGAGUUUUACGGGUGGGAACAGUGACUGUUUCUGAGAUGAUAGAGAAAAUAUUACUACAUUGUUUUUAGAUUUUCAUGCAUCUGUAUUUCUGAAGCCUUUCAUUUUGGUGGGGAGGGGGUAUUCUUUUAAGAGGGAAAUUAACUGGCAAGUGGUCACUCAUUUUAACUGCUUUGUUUUUUAAAAGGAAUCUUCUAUACCAAAGCCUUGUCAUCUUGUGUACUCUUUGACCAGUUUGCUAAUCUUAAUUGUUACUUUUGCAGUAUAACUUGAAAGAGGUUUUUGCCAAUACUAGAAAUUGAUUCACAAUAAUUUUGGAAAUACACUGCUUCGUACAUAGUUUUCAUGUUGAAACUCUGUCUGUCUUCAGACUCACAGGCAAUAGAUCACAUAACAUGACCUUCACCUGGUCCUCAUAAAUAAUCUCUGCUUUUCAAUCAGCAGAAAAGUAGAACCCACUUGAGUGAAGAGGAGGAGGGAUGGCACUUCUUAUAGACUUCACUUAGUAAAUUGUUGGAUCCCCCUCAUUGCAGCAGAAAUUUUCAUUGUUAUUUUCUCGGAAAAUUCCUAAGAUAUUUGUUAUAUGUUAUUUGUUCAAAUUGAUUACACUGUAGAAGCUGGCUGGAGCUUAGAGAUUUUGCCUGCUUUAUAUUCAGAGAAUAUAAUAACGAAUUUUGUAAGCUAGGGUUUCCUUGGCAUAGAUGAAUGAAGAAUUUUUUUCUGUGUUUUACCAUAGUAGUUACCUAAGAAAUCAACUUUCUUCCUUUUGGCUUGAGACUAACCAAAAAAAAUAAAAUGGAAGGGAUCACGCUAGAUGUCAUAAUAUCUUGGUCAGGUUGUAAUCAUAACUAAAAAAGAUAAUUGAGAUGCAAGGUUGAAAUAGAAGACUCACAAAGUUGGUGAAAAAUUCACCAGCAUCCUUCUUAAAUCUGAUUUUUAUUUUGGGCAGGAGGCAGAAACUACCACUGCCUUUCAAGCUGACUGGGGAAAGUGGUGGUUUCUGUCCCCACUUUUGUGGCUCUAUGCCUAUAGUUUUGUGUGUGUGUGUAUACAUAUACCUGUGUAUGCACACAUACGUACAUGUAACAUCUAACAUCUUCAUAAAUUACUUGGAUGCAGAACUGGAGGAGAUACUAAGCAAGUUUGCAGAUGACACAAAACUCAGAGGAGCUGUUGACUCCCUCAAAGACGGGGAGGUCCUACAGAGAGACCUCGACAAAUGAGAGGACUGGGCAGUCACCAACUGUAUGAAUUUCAACAAGGAAAAGUGCUGGAUUCUACACCUGCAAUGGGGCAACCCUGGAUGUUUGUACAGGUUAGGGAAUGGAAAGGGACUUGGGGAAUAUGAGUCAGCAGUGCCCUGGCAGCCAGGAGGGCCAACCAUGUC